UGCGAUCUACGUCUUCCUUUCUUUCCUUCAUCGCGCAACUUUUCAAACCCAAAAACGAAAAAGCGCAUGAAAUGGAUCGAAGAUUCGAAGCUCUCUGAUCAAAACAAACUGAUAAAAAUGAUCAACUGAAAAGCUCAACCAAUCCAAAUUCACUUUUAUUUUUGGGAAUUGCAAAAUGAAAAUCCCCUUUUGUGUCAUCUUUUUCUCUCUUGGUUUCUCUUUUUUUCUCCCAUCAUCCGUCGCCAGAGGCGGAGAACGUUCUUCUCUGCGUUCAGGCACUAAUAAUGUCAGUUGGUAUGCGAAUUCUGCUAGGCGGUUUCUAGUUGAGGGUGACAAAUCUCAGGGAAGUGUUGAUAAGGCUCGUGGAUACUUGAGUAACUCUGAUCUUGAAAAGGCUGUGAAGGAAUUUGGGAAAAGAUGCAGUAACAUUUCUAAGAUUUAUAGUAUUGGAGAGAGUGUGAAUGGAGUUCCACUGUGGGUCAUAGAGAUCUCUGACAAGCCUGGGGUGGAAGAGCCUGAACCUGCAUUCAAGUAUAUUGGAAAUAUGCAUGGAGAUGAGCCCGUUGGUCGCGAACUUCUGAUACGUCUUGCAAACUGGAUAUGCGAUAAUUAUCUGAAAGAUCCCUUGGCCACAUUGAUAGUAGACAAUGUUCACCUUCAUAUUCUUCCAUCAAUGAAUCCUGAUGGAUUUUCAUUAGGGCGGCGUGGUAAUGCAAACAAUAUUGAUCUAAAUCGAGAUUUUCCAGACCAGUUCUUUCCUCGGAAUGAUGACAUAGACUCGCGACAACCAGAAACAAGAGCAAUUAUGAAUUGGUUGAGAAAGAUACAGUUCACAGCAUCUGCCAGUUUGCAUGGGGGUGCACUUGUUGCAAAUUAUCCAUGGGAUGGUACUGAGGAUAAAAGGAGAAUUUACUAUAGAUGUCCUGAUGAUGAUACAUUCCGGUUCAUGGCAAGUACAUAUAGCCGUUCUCAUCGUAACAUGUCUUUGAGCACAGAAUUUCCUGGAGGAAUUACAAAUGGAGCAUCUUGGUACCCAAUAUAUGGUGGAAUGCAAGACUGGAACUAUAUACAUGCUGGAUGUUUUGAAUUGACCUUGGAAAUUAGUGAUAACAAAUGGCCUAAUGCUGAUGAGCUUUCUACACUUUGGGAAUACAACAAAAUGAGUCUAUUAAACCUCAUAGCCAGCGUUGUGAAGAUGGGAGUACACGGAAGGAUAUUUUCAUCUGAUAGAGGGAGGCCACUACCAGGUUCUAUCAUGAUCAAGGGAAUAAAUUACACGAUUAAAGCUGGCAGAUUGUUUGCUGAUUACCAUCGCUUGCUUACCCCAGCAAAGGGAUAUGAAGUUGUGGCCUCUGUCUCGGGGUACAAAUCAAAGACGACGGGGAUCCUUUUAGGAGAAGCAGGCAUGAGUUUAGACUUUAUUCUUGAUCCAGAAGGCACACCUGUGGAGAAUCUAAGAACUACCUGUGAUUGCAGCUAUUGUGGCAUGUCCAAGCUUGAAAAUUUGUGGGGGUUUCACUUAGAAUUUUAUUAUAUUAUUUUGAUUGUCAUUUUAGCUUUCCUCUGCUUUCUGUUUAUAAGAAGAAUGGGAUUCUACUUUUUAAACCAUAGACAGUCGCCAAAGAGGUCAUUCCAAGCAUGAGGUGUUCACUGUAACUUCUAACUUGUACAAACGUAAUUGUUGUACGUUUCAGAUAAAAAUAUACAACUUUUUGCCAUUUGCUUAUGUAUUAGGAAGCGUCUGUUAACUUGUUUUGGCACAAGUUUUCUUGUGCUGGACAUUCUGUUGUUUAUUCUUGUCAAUGAAACUCAUGAGAUGUAAACAAAGACAAUCUUGUGUAAUUUUGAUUAUGAGUCCCAAUGUUACCUCAUUUUCCAAUGUCCAAA